UUUAGAGGUGUGUCGAGUGUUGUGGGCGGGGCUUGAGUUUGUAAGAGGGAGAAAGUUUCUGCAGUACUCACACUGUCUGAGCUUCAGACUCAAGCACAAUCAUGCUCUUCAUCCCGAGUCUGUCUGCUCUUGAUCCUGUCAUGUAGUUUCUGAAGUGACCCUGAUUUUCUACAGACUGGAAGAGAUUGUUGGGGUUUGAGGAUGUUUUCAUUCAUUCUGUUAUCAGCUCUGGUCCUGUGUGGAUGUGCACAGUAUUCCAGCGACCAGUGCAGCUGGAGAGGAAGUGGUCUGACGCACGAGUAUCACGCGCGGGACGUGGAGCAGGUGUACCUGCGCUGCGCCGAGGGCUCUCUGGAGUGGCUCUAUCCCACAGGAGCCAUCAUCGUCAACCUGAGGCCCAACCUGCCGUCCGCCGAGGGUCACCUGCGCGCCUGUGUCAAGCCGCGGCCGGAUUCGCGCGGGGCCCGUCUGUAUGUGGAGCGGGCCGGAGCGCUGCGACUGCUGCUGACGGAGGAGGACCAGGCGGCGGGACACGUGCGCUGCUUCAGUCUGCAGGAGGGGGCGCUGUUCGUGGAGGCCUCCGCCCGCCGGGACAUCAGCCGGAGAAUCACUGCCUUUCAGUACCAGCUGAUCUCCACACACACGCCAGACGGAGACCAGCCCCGCUCACAUACAGCUUCAUGCAGACCCUGUGCUGAUGACGAGCUGCUGAUGGCGAUCUGUACCAGUGACUUCGCGGUGCGCGGCAGUAUUCAUCAUGAGGAGGAGGAGGAUGAAGAUCAGGUGUCAGUGGUGGUGUCGUUGAGUCACGUGUACCGUCAGAAGAGCCGUGUGUUUGUGUCCGGUGGCGGGGGGCGCGGGCGCGGCCGGUGGACGGGUCGUGUGAAGAUGCCGCGGCGGUGCGGCCCGCGGGCGGGACAGGGCGAGUUCCUCUUCACGGGAGCCGUACGGUUCGGGGAAGCCUGGCUGAUAUGUGCUCCGCUUUAUAAAGACUUCAUCAGAGUGUACCACGCAGCUCUGGACGAGGGAACGAACCCCUGCCACAUACACACAGACUGAAACACACGACUAUCCUCUGCUGAACUGAACCCACUCUAGAAUCACAUGGAAACAUAGCUUUUUUCAUGACUUGGCCCAAGGUCGCAUUUUAUCCCAAAAUCAAAAUAAAUAAAUAUUACAUUUAAGAUACUUCAAUAAAAGUUGGAUUAUUUUAUAACCAGGUUUUGAAAUAAUUGUUAUAAUAAUUAAAUAAAUUGCCCCUCAAUAAUUCUCAUUUAUCAUUAUCAGCUGGUUUCUUUAGAUUUAGAUUACCGUCAAAUGUUUUAAUUUUGCAGUAAUACCACUAAUCAGCAUAAACUAAAUCUAAAUAAAUCCUACCAUUAUGUAUAAAUAUUUCACUUAUUUCAAUGUUUAAUUUACUUUAACAUUACUGAUAUAAUCAUCAUUAUUAUUAAUAUUUGUUGUUGUUGUUAUUGUAACAUAGUAACACAGCAACAUAGUAUUUAAAUAAUAAAUAGUUUUAUAUAAUUGCUCUAUUUGGAGUGUUGAAUUUAAAUAAUAAUAUUUUUAAAAUUAGGAAUUG